AUGACUCGAACGACCAGCACCGUGGUGCUACCGCUGUUGAUAGUUUUGCUUAAGGACAACCAUUAUGCCGCUGCGGACUUUGGACUACCGACAACCGUCGCUGGUGGAGCAGUGAUCAGCUCCAACGCAAAUAGUAUCAAUUAUGUGCUGAAUUCACUGAACCAAAAUCUACGGAGAUUCAAUCCUGACAAGCAAUCGGUACACCUAAGGUCGUCAAGUGAGAAGAUCACUAAAAUGGCACAGAAGAUUGCCGACCUAGGAAAGUUGAUUACCGCCAAUGUUAGCAAGGCAGCGAGUGAUAGAUCAACACCCGUGAAGGAGCUAUUUAACUCACUACAAGGCUCGUACGAGCGAAUGAGUCAGUACCUGAAGGCGGACGCAAUGGUCUCAAUGGAUUCGUUAAAUACCGAUUUGGGAGAUACACUCACAGUACAACUGGAAAAUGCUUUGGAUGGUGUCAGUCAAGCUAUUGCCAACGUCACCACUAUAACGGAAACAUUUGAGGGAGCAAUCAGCCGGACGCUUCAAGCUGCCAAUGGCAGACCAGUUACUCGAGGAACAAUAAACGAUAACAUCCCUUCAGAUCUCACCACAUCGAUGUCGAAAGCACUCGUACAAAUAAAAGAACAAACUGCGGUACUAUCUAAGGUGAUUGAAAAUGUCCUAAAAAACAUUGCUUUCGUAGAUUCUUAUCUGGUGAGAGUAAACGCCACUGCUCUUUCAUUGGAACAAAAAGUGAAUUCCACAUUAUUUGGCAUGAUACAGCAGUAUCCCACCGAAGCAAGCACCAUCGUCAAACGUUAUUACACCUCUCAUAAUAUUUUUAAAACGGAAAUCAGUAAUGCCAUCAGCAGCCUGUCCGUAUUCUGCACCAAUGCCACGCUACAAACCCUGGUCGAUGGUUUCUCGGAAGCCUACACCAAAACCUACUACUAUCUGUAUCACCGUAAUCAAGCAGAUGUGGACGCAAUCCAGAAGGCCUACAACGAAAUUGUGUCAAACAUCGAACGGUCCAUUCAAGAACUAAACACCAAUUUAUACACCGAUGUGCAGCAAAUUGCUGUCACAGUCGGUUUCCAAUAUCUGAGUCAAAAUCCAAAGUUCGACGCUUGCUUCAACAGACACAACAUACAGUUUAUGGCGGUAUAUACAAACAUCAAUAACGGCAUCACCAACUGCUUGGGUAGCGAAAAGAACCGAAUGGGACGCCUUCCGGACGUAGUCGAUAGGAUGCUGCGUUUGACGGAUGCGAAUACCGAGGAUAUUGCCUUUAAUAUUGAAACCUGUGCAGCCUACGAGGGAUUUGAAAGCUCACCGACUACGUACGGCCUGGCGGUGGCAUGUCUCAACACGACCCUCAACCACACGGGUAGCCUCCAGCAACUGAUCGGCCAAGGAUACGAUGUCAUGCUGCAGUUGCAUGCGCAAGAAGUGGCCAGCAGCAGGUUCCGAAUUGGAUAUUGCUUGGACACUCGUCGUGCCGAAAGUGUUUCCCUGAUCGAAAGCCUCCAUGCGGAAGUAGAACAGUGUCUCAAUGGCGAAACUACCAGGCGGAACAUUGAAGAACCGGAAGAGCAGGUUAUCGACCUGACUGCCACGGAAGUGGUUGAAGAUGUAACUACUGAGGAGGGAGAGAGUGCUACGGCUGACGAUGACGAGAGUGCGCUGCCGACGACUCCGCCACCGCCACCGCCGCGGACCGGCAUCACUAACGGGAUUCUACAUCAAACGUUGGAGUGUGCGGUUUCAAUAGAAAAACGACCAACUUCAGCCGCCCUCACCAAGGGUCACACAGUCGCAUAUAGCAAGAUCCUGGUAGUACGGAUCAGUCGUAAUGAUGGUACUAUAGACCAGAGCAGUCUAGAUAUUUCAUCGGAUCCCUCGACCUAUAGUUCCUUUUUCGGGCCACCCUCCCAUUGUCAGACCAACUGCCAAUCUCGCAGUCAUUCAAGUCGAGACUCUAGUAAAAAUGCCAGUACAAGUCCUAUGAGCCAAUCGGAUGAGAGCCUAUGGAAGAGACUACUGCUUUUUCUGGAGCAGCAUGAGGUGGAUUACCUAUUCUGGCCGGACUUGGCAAGCUGCCACUACACAAAUUCCACCAAACAGUACAGCGGUGAUGGCGUACAGCGAUACAGCGAAAAUGGCGCCAAGGAGAUAAUUCCGGCCAAUACUCCGGAACUUAGGUCAAUUAAGAAAUACUGGCCAAUUGUGAAGCACAUAUUGAAGAAAAAGGAUGGAACUGCAACUAACCUGAAGGAUUUCAAGCAGAAAUGGAAUUUGGCAGCCAAAAAAGUGGGAACAGGGCUCGUGCAAAAAAGGAUGGGCGGUGUACGAAGAAAAGUUCUAUCAAUGGCCUGUGGUAAGAAGGAAGACUGA